CACUGCCGAGCCGCGGGAAUUUUUGAAUCCGGAUCGAAGUAACGGUAAAACCGAGCGAGACCCCCGCCCUCGGGUGGACGACAGCGACGUUGCGGGGGCAAAAUGGAUUAUUCAACUUCAGUGUCUCGAGUCGGGUCGACUGACCACAAGUUUAUUUCUCCAGCGACAAAGCGGCAGGCUGUUCAGAGUCUUAAGACCUCUGCAAAAAUGGAUGUUGCAGCAAAUGACGAUGAACGUGAAAGGAGGGAGAGAAGACGCUCAAAAGUGACAGACUUGCAAUUAAGUUGCACUGAGAGCCCUUUGAUGUCCCCAGUGCCAAGGGGGACCCCACAAUCCUUUGAACCCAAGCUGUCAAAUAAUCAGAUAUCUGAACACUAUUCUACCUGCAUCAAACUAUGUUCUGAAAAUAAAAUCACCACAAAGAAUGCAUUUGGUCUUCAUUUGAUUGAUUACAUGGCUGACCUCCUCAAGGAGAAGGAAUCUGAACUCACUAACUUCAAGAUGGCAGCUGGCACCUUGGAUGCCAGUACGAAGAUCUAUGCUGUGAGAGUGGAUGCAGUACAUUCGGAUGUGUUCAGGAUCCUGGGGGGCCUUGGAAAAAACACUGAAGAGCCAGGAACUGAGGUAAACCUUGAGUCUUCUGAAAGCCAAAAUUCAAAAGGCCCUCAGAAGCAAAACAAAAGGAAGCACUCUUACAAAACCAUUGAGCAGAACUUGAGCAAUAUCACGUAUGGAGUCAGUGACAUGAAGUUUGAGAUUGAUCCAAUGUUCCAGAAGGCUGCUUCAUUGUUUGAUGAAUGCAGUGCGGUGGGGGUUUUCAUGGUUAAUCUGCAGACCUAUGGACACAUUGCUGAGCUGCUAUUUGAUUCCGAUGCCAAACUUAUCGAUACUGGUCCUCCACCAGAGUUGCUGCCCAUUGACUAUGUGGAGAUACCUGAUCUGAGAGGCCUUCAGCAGUCUUUGGAUGACAAGAAGAUCUGUCCUUCAUUAGAAGAUUUUCAGUUUACAAAUUGGGACAGUGAGGCUCAUAAUCAGGCUGUUUCUUUAAUAAUGGACAAAUUCAAGAAAAGUGACCACUUAUUCGAUAUGAAUGCAGAGCCAGAAUUUGCGACUGGUCAGCUGGGAAGCCAUGACCCUGUGGUGGAUGACUUUGAUGGAGAUCUUUGUGAUGAUGCUGGAGAUCUGAUGGACCAGGAAUUUAAGAACCAGCAAGAAUCCUCCAUCAUGGCAAAUGGUCAAGGCUGUAAAGAAACCAUUCCUCUGUCAGAUGUGGAUUUCAACAGCCUCUGCGUCCAGCUGUCAAAUCACCCAGGGGAAUAUUCCUACUUCAGCCCCAGAAUCAUGAAGAUGUGGGCAGGUCCUAAUCACUGGCGUUUCAGACCUCAACAAAAAGAGCCAACUACUAAUCAAAAUAAGAAAAAACAAGCUAAGAAAAUAUUUGAAAUUGACUUCAAUGAAGAUAUCAAUUUUGAGAUUCAAUUCAGAGAGACCAGGGCUGCCACAACAAUUUCAAAAGCUGCAUUAGAUCGACGCAGUAGAAAGCUGACAACGCUACCUACAGAUUUCCAUUAUGAUGCAGAAAAUAUUACCCGGCUGUUUCUUAAACCUAGUGUCACGGUAAAGCGGAUUGUGAAAGAAAAUAAUUACAUGGAUCAAGAUGAUGGAAUUGGGGAUUAUGAUUAUAAUAAUCCCAACGACACAUCAAACUUCUGCCCUAGAACACAGCCUGAUAGUGAUGAUGAUCAUGAUGGAUUUGUGGCUGCAAAUGAUUCCUUUGAUGCUGCAUUGGAGCAAGAUGAGAAUGAUUUGGAACUGGAUGGAAAGGGGUUAAACAUCACAACCUACGGAGGAGAAAACUUAGUGGCAGAGCCUCAGAAAGUCAACAAAAUCCUAUUGAAUUAUUCAAAGACAGCAAAAAAGAUGGAUGUGAAAAGAUUGAAACAGAACAUGUGGGAUCUCCUGACUGAAAACAAAAAUAUUACGGAAGGAAAAAACGGAAUGACUGAGGAGCUGCAAGUCGCUGUAAUGACAGUGAAAGGACAGCAAAGCUUCACAAACAUCACCAAGAAUCUGUUUGAAAGAUUACCUAGUACAAUGGCAAAGAACCUGUCUGUUCCUAUGGCAUUUGCCUGUUUGCUUCAUUUAGCCAAUGAAAAGAAUCUUGCAAUUGAGGGAAAGGAAGAUUUAUCUGAUGUUAUCAUCAGGCAAGGAAUCUAAAGACAUUCUGACUGUACAUACAUGUAAACCAUAGGUUGGAUCGGCUGUACAUAGUUGUAAAUCUUUUCUUGAGACAGUGAACCUUGUAUCAUGCCUGCUACAUGACCCCAUGGAUGCUUUCCUGAGGCAUAAUUUCUCCUUCAUUUGCAUAAAUAACUUUUUAGUCUAUCAAUGGACAAGUUUUCAGUCUUGAAAUUAUGGUUUUAGAUUUAAAUGAUUUAAUACACUUGUGAAUAUUGCAGAGAGAACUAUUCUAUUGAUAUUUUACUUUUCAUCCAACUGUUAUGUGAAGACUAUUUUAAACUUAUAUUUUAGGUAUUGUCUUUGUAAAACAAAGUGGAAUAAAGAUUUUUUUCAACUUGUUGACAAGGUAGGGGCUUUGCAGGCAAGACCAGUAUUUGGUGCCCAUCAUAAUUGUUUCGAACUGCUUUAUUAACAACUGAGUGGCUUUCGAGAGGAGUCAUUCACAACCACUCUGGGAUCUUGUAAGCUAAUCUGUGGGAGGGUAGUAUAUUUCCUUUUCUUGAAGAUAUUAUUGAAUUACUUAGGCUGUCAUAAUAAUGCAGUAGUUUAAUUAUGCCUUCUUCUGAUCAAGAUUGUUUACAUUUAAAUUUAUUUCACAAAAUCUACUUGCUCAGCUGUCGUGGUGGAAUAUGAACUUGUGUCUUUGAGGCAAUUUGCCAGAUCGAUGGAUUGGAAGAAAGGUUCACUGGUUCAAAUCUGGGCCUUCUACGCCUGUUAUGUGCACGUAACCAGCGCAUUUUUCCCUGGCCAUGAAGCUCCUUCCCCAUCACCUUUGCUAGCCGACAUUGCCCUGAACGGGCUUUACUUACAAUCAUUUGCAAAAUGUGGAUAAUUUAUUGAUGGUGCUAAGAGGUGAAAAUAUAUUGUGGGUGAUUUGGAGAUGGAGCGGUCAAGGAAAUACAGUUGUGUGGAAGACCUGUUCUGAUUACGGGGAGGGGCAGAGAGAGAGAGAAGAGAAAGAAAAGGGACGAUUGAGUUCUUCUUUUUGUCACCAGCCAAUGGAAAACUUUUAAAUGACCUAAUUGUGUUCACAUUGCUGUGUAUAAAUGGGUAAUUUAACAUCCUUCAAGUACAAUAAUAGUCCAUCUUAUGUAGUAUGUAGUAGGUUAUUUGUUUUUUAUGAUAGUGGUUGUCUUUAGCAAAUAAAUUUUGCAUUCCACUUGUCCCAGACAUCAGAGAUCGCACAUCUGAAUAAGAAUCGAUAAGUUAUUUUAGUUAACUUAAAUUUUCCUUUCUGCUUCACUUCAAAGGGGUGGCACACAUGUUCAGUGGUGAGCACUGCAGCCUCCCAGCACAACUGACCCAGGUUCAAUUCCAGUCUUGGAAAAUUGUCUGUGUGGAGUCUGCGUGCGUUUCCUCCCAUAAUCCAAAGAUGUGCAGGUUCGGUGGAUUGGCUAUACAAAAUUGACUGUCGUAUUAGGUGCAUUAGUCAGUGGAAAUGUAGAAAAAUAAGGGAAUAGGUCUGUGUGGACUUAUCGGGCUGAAGGUCCUGUUUCCACAUUUAUAGGCAUUCUCGGUGCUUGAGGAAGGUGUGAAAAAAUGAGCUUUUGUUUACAGAUGUGUGCUCCCAUUCACUUUUGUUGUUUCUAUUGGUGUUAUAUGGGUUGCAAUUCCAUAUAGGGACACACCUCUAGCACCUCACUGUCGGUGUCGUGCCAACUGGAGGUAAGAAAGCAUUGUUAAUAUUUCAAAUUUAGUAACUUUUCUUUCGAACUCCUUUCAUGACCCUUUGGUAUUUUUGGGAAAAAAAACCAAAUUCUGUCAUCACAGAAAUAGCUACUUCAUUUUUUUUUAAAGAUUUAAAAUGUGCCUGAUUAUCAUCAACACAUACUAACAAUAGAAACCAAACUGACAAAUUUUAUGGAGGCUGUUUCUUGUAUCCAAUUUAUGUCCAAGCCAACAUUUGCAAAUUCUUUCAAGUGUGCAGACACAUGUCUUUCUACCAGCAGAUGAAACAUGUGCCAGAACAGACACAGAUCAUUUUGCCAAACUGGACCAGAAAAUGGUUAUAGGGCCAGGAAAUCACAAGCUAAAUUAUGAGAAGAGGCUUGUGAAUUACUGCAACAAAUUAAGUAUUGCUUUGGAUGUUGAUCAUAGAUAGGAAUAUUUACAAAAAUGUGACUCAUCCAGCUUGUAAUUCUAUACUUAUUAAAAGUCAUUAGUGGC